UUAUUUUUCUGCUAAUAUUCCAGCAAAUUCACGCCCCAAAUACUCUGGAGUCUGGACUUCCUCUGAAGGAGGAGGAAGAUAAUACUCGAAACCCUCGAAAGACUUCAUUCUCUGGGUUGAUAUUUUUCAUUGGUAGAAAAAUGCUAAACCUCAAAGCUUAGACCGCUUAAAUCUCUCUUUUUCGAAAAAACCCAGAAUUCUCAGCCUUGAAUUUCCUCUUUUGAAUUCUUUUUUGCACAUUGACGACCAGUGAUGGGUUCGACAACAAUACUCCCUAUUCAUUUUAAUCACAAGCUCUUAUUUCUACAGCACACAGCGGAACCGAAAACCCACUUCAAGUUUAUCAAUUGUAAACCCUCAAAACUACCCAGAAGAAGAAAACCACCGGCAACAGCACUGUGUUCGUACUCUUCAAAAUACCACCAUAGCUAUUUUUCUAAUGGAACUUUCUUCAAACUUGAAUCACCCACUUUGCGUGGUACAGCACUCACAAGAGUCAGUGGUGGUGAUAGUGGUGCCGCCCCACAACAGUCUGUAGGUUCUGAUGUUGAGAAAGUGAACCAGAGUUCUUCAAGUUUGGGUGACAGUUAUGUGCCCUUGUUCAUUCGGAUGCUCGGGCUAGACCAUGAUCCUCUUGACAGAGAGCAGGCAGUUGUGGCACUUUGGAAAUAUUCACUUGGAGGAAAGCAGUGCAUUGAUAACAUCAUGCAGUUUAGUGGAUGCAUAAAUCUCAUUAUAAACCUUCUAAAGUCAGAAUCUAAUUCUGCAUGUGAAGCAGCUGCUGGCCUGCUACGAUCAAUAUCUUCGGUCAACCUGUAUAGAGAGGUGGUAGCUGAAAGUGGAGCCAUAGAAGAGAUUAAUGGUUUGCUUCGUCGAUCAUCCUUGGCUUCUGAGGUAAAGGAACAAAGUAUAUGUACACUGUGGAAUUUAUCUGUGGAUGAGAACCUUAGAGUUAAGAUUGCCAACAGUGAUCUCCUGUCAUUACUAGUUAUGUCCCUGGAUGAUGAGGAUACAAAUGUUCUGGAAGCAGCUGGGGGGGUUCUGGCAAAUUUGGCAUUGACCACCUCUACUCACAAUAUCAUGGUUGAAGCCGCUGCUAUUCCGAAAUUGGCAAAGUUUUUGAAACCUGAUUUUGAAGGAUCCAAAGUCAUUAGAAAGGUAGCAAGAAAUGCGCUCUUGGAACUUGCUAAGGAUGAGUAUUACAGAAUCCUUAUCAUAGAGGAAGGUCUAGUUCCAGUCCCCAUGAUUGGAACAGCUGCCUAUAGGUCAUUCAAACCAGGUUUGCAUACAUGGCCUAGCUUGCCUGAUGGUUCAGAGAUUGAACGGACUUCGAAGAUUCCUUCAAAAUUUGGUGCCUCUGAGGUGCUUCUUGGAUUAAAUAUUGAUGAGAAGAACACAAAUUUAGAGGAAGCCAAGGUGAAUGCAAUUCUUGGACGAACACGUCAACAAUUUCUUGCACGAAUUGGAGCUAUAGAAUUGGAAGAUGGAAAAAAACCCGAAAGUGAACCCCCUUCUGAUCGCCAAUUCACUCUUUUGCCAUGGAUGGAUGGUGUGGCUCGACUGGUUUUAAUUCUCGAACUUGAAGAUGAGUCAGCAAUAUCAAGGGCUGCGGAGGCAAUUGCUGAUUCAUCUAUCAAUGAGCAUAUGCGGAUUUCAUUUAAGGAAGCCGGUGCUAUCAAGCAUUUAAUUCGGCUCUUACAUCUCAACAAUGACACCGUCAGAUUGGCUGUAAUUCAUGCUUUGGACAGUUUAUCUGUCAGCAAUGUUGUUUGCCACAUAAUCGAAGCUGAAGAUGUUAUGCAUCCUUUGAUUAACAUUCUAAAGCAGUCAGAGGCCUCCGAAAUUUUUAUGGAAAAGACCUUGAAUAUUCUAAGUCGGAUCUUAGACCCUGGUAAAGAAAUGAAAGCGAAGUUUUAUGAUGGUCCAGUUAAUGGAUCACAAAAGAUGCUGGAUGCAGCCGGAGGCUGGAAUACUUCAAUAGAUUCAACUGAUCGGAUGGCAGAAAGGCAACUGGCUAGAACAAGUACCCGGGAAAAAGUGCUGGACUCGGGUGUUAUUGCACGCCUUGUUGAGACACUGAAAGGGUCUUCCCCAAAUUUACAAAGAAAAGCAGGUUCUAUCCUUGAGUUUGUGACAAUUAUUGAUCCAACCAUGGAAACAAUCAUUUCAACGGACAUUGGAUCUGCUCUACAUGCUGUUUUCCAACCGAAAAUUUUGAAUGAUAUGGAAUUCGAUGUUGAAGAGAAGCAACAAGAAUUAUAUGUCCUGGAAGAAGCUGGUCUUGCAAUUUCUGCUGCCUCCCGGUUACUGGCAAAGCUUCUUGAUUCUGACAAGUUCCGCCGCACUAUAGAAUCCACCCAUUUUACUAAGUCUCUCCGAAAAAUCCUCAAGUCGAAUAUCCCUCUUCACAACAAAGAUUGGGUUGCUGCCUGCCUAGUUAAACUCAGUUCUCUAUCAUGUCUUGGCCUAGAUGUUGAAAAUCCGAUUAACAUAGAAGUAACUCUUUAUGAGACAAUCCCACGGCUAAUAGAGCAGAUCAAAUCCCCUCUUGAUCCAGAAGCACAGGAAGCUGCAGUUGUUGAACUCAAUAGAAUAAUUUCUGAGGAUGUGGUAGAUUCCACUCGAGCUGUUGCUUCUCAGGGCGGCAUUUUUCCACUGGUGAAGCUGAUAGAGGGAGGGAGGGAGAGAGCUGUCGAAGCAGGCUUGUCAAUACUGUAUAAUCUGAGCAUGGACAUUGAGAAUCAUCCAGCAAUUAUAGCUGCAGGAGCAGUGCCGGCUUUGAGAAGAAUCGUUCUGUCACAGAGGCCUCAGUGGACCCGAGCUCUUCGGUUGUUGAGAACUUUGCCCACUUGACGGUGAAAGAUGUGAAAUGCAGAAAAUCAUGCCAUGACAGUGCAUAAAUGUGCCCAUUUUCUACAAUUUUGCUCUACUGUAAAACUACUUGCUGAGAAUCAUAAGCUUUUGAUAUAUUCCAGUGAUUAUGUUUACUUUUAUGCGAGGAUUUCUUGGUCUUUUGAUGGUGUGUGAUGCACCUUGUUUUAAUUUGUUUCUCUCAUGAUCCCUGAGGAGGAGAUUCAGGCUUGGAGGAAAUCAUCAAAAUAGAGAGGAGAGUUUCUUCAAGUGUCAAGGAACAAUGACUGAGAUUUAGUGAGUGUACCAAAAGAUAUAUUUAAUGGGUGGAUGAUCCUUUAUAUGCAACGUGAUUAUCGUUCAAUCAACGAGUCACUUGCAUAAAAGCAA